UGUCCCAAGCGGCGCAUGCGCUGCGACGAGGCCUGGCUCCUUCACAACGCCGUUGGAACCGCGUCGGUGGAUGGUGCGAACGGGUGCUUGGCGAGGCGGCUAAGCGAUCGCGCGCGACGGCCAAAGACUGUGACCGAUAGACCGAGACCGUUUUCACCCCCGCCGCCAUUUCGGUCAGCCCGGCUCCAUGAUUCCCAUAUGCCCGGUAGUCUCUUUCACCUAUGUGCCCAGCCGGCUGGGGGAAGAUGCCAAAAUGGCCACCGGCAACUACUUCGGAUUCACCCACACCGGGGCCGCCGCUCAAUAUAGCCAACAGCCGGCUUCAGGUGUAGCUUACUCCCAUCCAACUACAGUUGCAAGCUACACUGUUCAUCAGGCUCCUGUUGCUGCCCACACAGUUACUGCAGCCUAUGCCCCAGCAGCAGCAACAGUUGCAGUAGCCAGGCCUGCUCCAGUGGCUGUUGCAGCUGCUGCAACAGCUGCAGCCUAUGGAGGAUACCCUACAGCUCAUACAGCAACUGAUUAUGGUUACACACAGAGACAGCAGGAAGCACCUCCACCGCCUCCACCAGUCACUACACAGAAUUACCAGGACUCCUAUUCCUAUGUUAGAUCUACUGCUCCAGCUGUAGCUUAUGACAGCAAGCAAUAUUAUCAGCAGCCAACUGCAACUGCAGUGGCAGCUGCUGCCCAACCACAGCCUUCUGUGGCUGAAUCAUACUAUCAAACAGCUCCUAAGGCUGGUUACAGCCAAGGAGCUACUCAGUACACUCAAGCCCAGCAAACUCGACAGGUAACAGCCAUAAAACCAGCCACUCCAAGUCCAGCCACUACUACGUUCUCUAUAUAUCCGGUAUCUUCCACUGUGCAACCAGUUGCUGCUGCAGCGACUGUGGUUCCCUCAUAUACCCAAAGUGCCACGUAUAGUACAACAGCAGUUACAUAUUCCGGUACAUCUUAUUCGGGUUAUGAAGCUGCAGUGUAUUCAGCUGCAUCAUCUUACUAUCAACAGCAGCAGCAACAGCAAAAACAAGUGGCGGCGGCAGCAGCUGCUGCAGCUGCAACAGCUGCCUGGACAGGAACCACCUUUACUAAAAAGGCACCAUUCCAAAAUAAACAGUUGAAACCAAAACAGCCUCCCAAACCACCACAGAUCCACUAUUGUGAUGUUUGUAAGAUCAGCUGUGCUGGACCACAGGUAUCAGUAAAAAAAAUUCAUUGAACUUUAAAUGAAACU